AAAGUUUGUGGAAAAACUAUUUACAAAUUUUAAAGAUUUUCUUAAACUUUUAUUGAUAUGAAACUACCUAUUUAGUACACAAAAUUACAAGAAUUGAAUCCCCAAUCCCCACUGUAUUAAUUUAAGGUGAUCGAAUACUUAGUCUUUGAUUUGAGGUUAUGUCUCAAUCAGCAACAGUGAAACCGCCUGGUAAAAGUUGGCGAGAAGUUAAUCAAGAAAGAAAAGCUUUAAAGCGGAAAAGAAAUGAAGAAAAAAUAGUGAAGAGAGAGAAAAAGUUGGUUUUAGAAAAAGAAGCAGAGGUAAAACAUAAAGAAGAAAUCGAUAGAGAGAAAAAGUAUUCAGAGAUUUCCACAAUAAGUAUAGCAGUGCCGGGGUCUAUAUUAGAAAACGCUCAGUCUGCAGAGCUACGCACAUAUUUGGCGGGACAAAUAGCCAGGGCAGCUUGUGUAUUUUGUAUAGAUGAAGUUAUUGUUUAUGAUGAUAUAGGUGACAAACUAGGAACUAAAAAGUCAAAAUUAGAAGAUGCUGAUGGUGUGAAAGUGGCCCGCAAAAGUUGUGUACAGUUAGCGCGAAUAUUGCAAUAUUUGGAAUGCCCACAAUAUUUGAGAAAACACUUCUUUCCUAUACACAAAGAUUUGGAGUUUGCUGGGUUAUUGAACCCACUGGAUGCUCCCCAUCACCUAAGAAUGUCAAAUGAUUUUAAAUUUAGAGAAGGUAUUACCAUGAAUAAAAAGGUGAAACCAGGUCGAGGUUCCCAAGUAAAUGUCGGUUUGCUCCAAGAUGUGUCCACUGACAAAUUACUUAAUCCUGGUAUCAGAGUUACAGUACGAAUGUUGACAACUGCAGAAGGUAGCAAGAAACUCAAGGGAAAGAUAGUCAGCCUUACUACACCAAGAGCAGAAACUGGAGUAUAUUGGGGUUAUACUGUUAGGAUUGCAAAUAAUCUUGGACAAGUUUUUACUCAAUCUCCUUAUAAAGAUGGUUAUGAUUUGACAAUUGGAACUUCUGAUAGGGGGACAUGCAUUGAUCAACUUCCUGAAAAAGAACUUAAGUUCAACCAUGCUCUCAUUGUCUUUGGAGGUUUGCAUGGAAUUGAGGCUGCAUUGGAGAGUGAUGAACAGCUACAAGUAGAUGACGCCAGUCUACUCUUCAACCACUACGUCAAUGUGCUUCCUAACCAAGGAUCAAGAACUAUACGGACAGAAGAAGCCAUACUUGUUGCCCUUGCAGGAUUAAGAAACAAAUUAAUAGCCAACAAUGAGCCAUUGGUUUUCAAAGAAUCUGGAAUUGCUUCCAGUUCAACAUUUCCCACUCUAAAAACAGAUUUUUCCAUCUCUGACAAUUCUGGUGCUGAAAAUAAUGUAGAUUUAAGUAGAUUUGAUUAAAAAACAAGAAAUUACAA